AUGGAAAAUCCAGAUGCCGGCCCUAGCAACCGUGGCGGAACUCCCAGCGCCAGGAGUCCAAACCCCAUUGACAAGCUUCAUCCUGUUCUCCGACGCCUAAUAGAACGCAUGAUUGACCUGCCCGAGGGAUAUGAGGCGUUCCUAACGGAGAAGCAGCUCACGCGUGCGGUGGAGUGUGCGAUAUCGAUGAUGCCGGAAGAUGAACAGGCAUACCUGGUAUCGCACAUUAUGACGGACGAUGAUAUUGUGCAGCAGAGAAUCAACAGUCUGCAUCUUGAAAAUUUGGAUCAACGUGUUCUGUUGUCUGCGGCUGAAAAGCAGUUGCUUCUGAGGAGCACUCCUGAGCCGGGCUCUGGCGAGGAAGAUUCUGGCGUAGAAUACUACGAUGGGGGGAUUUGCAAGAUCUGCUUGAUGGAUUCCGCCUUCAUCCUCGCCUGCGGUUGUCAUUACUGCACCAGCUGUCUGAGAUGGACCAUCCGCGUGGGCCUGCAGUCCAUCAAUGAUUUUCCUCCGAGUUGCUGUUUUGACUUUGGUGAAAACCUCAUCCGCGUCGUCAACCGGCCUGGACUGAUCCAUCUAUUCCGCCAACUAGCGGUUGAGCACAGCACGCCGCUACGCGACCGACUGUACUGUUGCGACACCAGGUGCUCUGCGUUCAUCCCCCCAUAUGCAAUCGAGACUGCUUUCGACAAUCAAGGCAGAAAUAUCGGCGUGGGCACAUGUCCGCAGUGCUCGGAGGAGACUUGUGCUACUUGUCAUGGGAAAUCUCAUAGGGACCUGCCUUGCAGCGACAGGGAAGAAGAAACGGCAGUUUUGGAUAAGAUGGAUGAGGAGGGGCUUGUUUACUGCCCAGGUUGCGGUAUCGUUUUGACCUUUGAUGGUGGGUGCAACAUUAUGAACCAGAAGCACAGCCAGAAGCACAGCCAGAAGUAUGGCCAGGAAUAUGGGCAGGAGUACAACCAGGAGUACAACCAGGAGUACAGCCAGGAGUACAGCCAGGAGUACAGCCAGGAGUACAGCCAGAAAUACGAAUUCAGUUACCACUGCAAAUACGAUUAG